AUGGCGAAUUCAACUCCUGGAUCAAGGCCAUCAUCAACGGGUGGCACACGAGCUGUGGGAAGCUCAAGAACGUUAAAUGACUAUCAACUUGGGGACUCGCUGGGGAAGGGUGCCUUUGGCCAGGUUUACAGGGCACUCAAUUGGGCCACUGGCGAGACUGUCGCCAUCAAGGAGAUUCAGCUCAGCAAUAUUCCAAAGUCUGAGCUUGGAGAAAUUAUGUCCGAGAUAGACCUUCUGAAGAAUCUCAAUCACCCGAACAUCGUCAAGUACAAGGGGUUCGUAAAGACUCGCGAAUACCUUUACAUCAUUCUCGAAUUCUGCGAGAACGGGUCUCUGCAUGGUAUUCUGAAGCGAUUCGGAAAGUUUCCCGAGAAUCUAGUCGCGGUCUACAUUGCACAGGUGCUGGAAGGGCUCGCGUAUCUCCAUGAUCAGGGAGUUAUUCACAGAGACAUUAAAGGAGCUAACAUCCUCACAAAUAAAGAUGGAUGCGUUAAGCUGGCGGACUUUGGUGUGGCUACUGUAGGUGGAGGCGCCAGAGAAAACGCGGUUGUAGGCAGCCCGUACUGGAUGGCCCCCGAGGUGAUCGAGCAGCGCGGUGCAACAACGGCUUCGGAUAUUUGGUCUGUUGGAUGCCUCGUCAUCGAGCUCCUUCAAGGGCAUCCGCCAUAUCACACCCUCUCUCCAAUGCCAGCGCUGUUCCGAAUCGUCCAGGAUGAUUGCCCGCCCAUUCCCGAAGGUGCUUCAAAUGUAGUCAAGGACUUUCUCUAUGCAUGCUUCCAGCGGGAUGCUAAUCUACGAGUCGGCGCACGACGUCUGCUCAAGCACGCCUGGAUCGUUGGAGCACGGCGGGGGAUGGGAGGACAGAACGUAGACGACCGCCUCGAGAAGACGAAGCGGGACUCCAGAGAGCAUGCCGCCAAAACCGAGGAUAAAUUACUGAAGCCAGCCGGAAACUGGAACUACGAUGAAGCCGUGCUGAAAGUCCAAGAAUGGAAUGAGGCGUUGAAAUGUAUGCUUUCGCCACGCGCGUAA